CCGGAAUCUGUCACAGCGCAUCGUCCGCCCAUCUCCCUUUGCGAACGGCGUGACGCAGCCGGCAGGCCACUCCAAGCGUUAACUGUGGCGGAACCCGACAAGGCAUCUCGCCUUGCGGAUGCACGAGCCGCAAGGGAAGAAGGGAAAGGAAGCGGUGCGCCCGCCCGGCGUACGUGAGCGCGACCCGGGUAGUGAUGCUCACGCCGUGCACGAGAAGCGCUACCUGAUACUGCUACUUGCCUGUAGUGCACUCCUCUCCUCUCCUUUAAGGCAGCACCGGGCGGUUCGUCGGAGCAGCACGGCGAUGACUUCCAACAGCGAGGUGAAGGACAUCCACAGCAAAGACAGAGCCAAGACCCUCCUCAAGAACGAAGCCGUCUACGAGUACAUGCUGAACACGAUGGUGUACCCGCGGGAGCACGAGUGCAUGCGCGAGCUCCGGCUCAUCACCCAGCAGCACACCUAUGGGUUCAUGGCAUCGCCGCCGGACGAGGCGCUGCUGCUGUCGAUGCUGCUCAAGGUGAUGGGCGCCAGGAACACAAUCGAGGUCGGCGUCUUCACCGGCUGCUCUGUCCUCGCCACCGCGCUCGCCCUCCCAGACGACGGCAGGGUCGUGGCGAUCGACGUCAGCCGGGAGUACUUCGACCUCGGCCUGCCCGUCAUCCAGAAAGCCGGCGUCGCGCACAAGGUCGACUUCCGCGAAGGCCCCGCGAUGCCCAUCCUCGGCAAGCUGCUCGCCGACGAGGGGAACGAGGGGAAGUUCGACUUCGCGUUCGUGGACGCGGACAAGGGGAGCUACGGCAUCUACCACGAGCAGCUGCUGCGGCUGGUACGCGUCGGCGGCGUGCUCGCCUACGACAACACGCUUUUUGGAGGCUCCGUGGCGAUGCCGGACGACACGCCGCUCACGGAGGGCGACCGGGAGGUCAGGGGCUUCAUGAGGGCGUUCAACGCCAAGAUCGCCGCCGACCCGCGCAUCGAGGGAGUGCAGCUCCCCGUCGCCGACGGCAUCACGCUGUGCCGCCGCGUCGUCUGAGCUGCCGUCUGUCGCCUUGGCGCGCGGGGCGGGAUCGAGUGUAUGUUUCGUUGAAUGAAGUGUGAAGGAAUAAACGGUAAACAACUGUACAUGACUGUGUGUAUUGCUCAGUC